AGUAGGCGGUAUCUGACGGAAAACCAAAUUUUUUCUGUUUUUGAUGUCACAAAUAACUUUAAAUUCUCACAUGAAAUACUCAUAAAAAUUUUUUGCUGUUUAUUAAAUUAUAAAUAUGGAACUGCGACGCCUUCAUCGGCUACUUCGCCAUCGUUCCCGACCACUUUUGAGUUUUUGCAGGAACAUCAAUGUCUAUGACGAUGAGAAGUCUCAAAUUGCGCGACCCGACUGGCACCUUCUUAUGGAUGGGAGAUAUAAUAAGGGCCUGGCUUUCACUAUUGAAGAGCGACAGCGACUUGGCAUAAUGGGUUUAAUGCCCAUUUCAGUGCGGACUAUUGAAGAUCAAAUGGCGGCGGCGCUUACCAAUUUCGAGGCCAGGCCCUCCGAUAUUAGUAGAUUCACCUAUCUGAGUGCCGUUCACCAUAGGCACAGGCGACUGUACUACAAGUUCGUUAGGGAAAACAUCGUGAGGGCGCUGCCAAUUGUUUACACACCAACUGUUGGCGAUGUGGUGGCCACCUACGGGCUAAACUUCCAACACGCCGAGAGUUUGUUCAUCAGCAUCUACGACAAAGGCCACAUUCGGGAUCUGAUGCACAACUGGACGGACCACGAUGUCAAGGCCAUUUGCGUGACGGACGGAGGAAGAGUUCUGGGACUCGGAGACAUGGGUGCAAAUGCCAUGGGAAUUAGCAUGGGAAAAAUGAUAUUGUAUACCGCGCUGGGAGCCAUUCCACCCACUGCACUGAUGCCAGUUUGUCUGGAUGUGGGAACGGAUAAUCAGUCACUGCUGCAGGAUCCCCUCUACGUGGGCGCCAGGAUUCCCAGGGUUCGAGGUCCCGAGUACGAAGAACUCGUUCAGGAGUUCAUGGAGGAAGCGGUCCACUGUUAUGGCCACGAUGUCUUCAUCCAUUUUGAGGACUUUGCCACCCCGAAUGCGCUGAAGUUCCUGGCAAAGUAUCAGCACGACUACUGCUGCUUCAACGACGAUAUUCAGGGCACUGGAGCCACUGGAUUGGCGGCUUUUGUUAACGUGGAACGCAUUACUGGUCGUAAGUUGGAGGACACUAUAUUCGUUUUCGCGGGAGCUGGCAGUGCAGCCUUGGGAAUCGCACAAAUGUUAGUCAUCGAACUGGAGACAAGGGGACUUUCGCCCGAGGAGGCAGUCAAGAACAUAUACUUGGUGGAUGUCAAUGGCCUGAUCACCUGCAAGAGCGAGAAUGUGCCGGAUCAGGCAAAGAUAUUUGUCAAGGACAUGGAGCCCAUCAAGGAACUUAUUUCGGUGGUGGAGAAGCUCAAGCCUUCCGUUAUCCUCGGAGCCACUGGAGUGGCAGGCAUCUUCGACGAGAAAGUACUGAAAACGAUGGCCAAAAACCACGAACGUCCUGCAGUUUUCGCCCUCUCGAAUCCCACAUCCAGUUCGGAAUGCACAGCUGAACAGGCUUAUACUCAUACUGAGGGUCGCGUUCUUUUCGCUUCUGGAUCGCCCUUUCCUCCUGUGGUGAUCAAUGGCAAGAGGUUUACGCCCGCCCAGGCCAACAACUGUCUCACUUUUCCGGGAAUCGCAUUGGCAGCCAUCUCUGCCAAGGCUCGAUAUCUGCCAAACUCCGUGUUCUCUGUAGCGUCCCACGAACUGGCCAACAACACGACCCAGGAGCAACUGGAUGCAGGUACAUUGUUUCCUGCGAUGAGCAAAGCCCACGAGGUGGCCUUCAAUGUGGGCGUGGCCUUGACUGAAUAUUUAUUUGAUAAUCAUCUAUCGAAUGUCUAUCCCAAGCCCGAUAAUGUUUGUGAGUAUGUGAAGAAAACCCUGUACGAGUUCGAUUACAAGAGCUCCCUGCCUGCCACUUGGUGUUAUCCCGAGGAAGAGGCGCUUCCUGAGAUGAAACCCAUGCCAAAGCUGAAGAAGGAUAACGAGAAAUAAGCUUGGCCGGGAGUUGCACUUAUAUGCGAAGACUACUAACCUGCUUUCCAGCCAAGGAAAUAAUGAUCUUUUUGUAAUUAGUUGGAGAUACAAGGACCAGGCUAAAUCACACACACACACACACUACAUUCGCAUACACACACACGCAAACUGGAACGAUAAAUGCCCGACAUUUUAACGUUAUUAUUGUCCUGUCAACGGGAAGCCAGUUGACAUGCUCGUGCGCCUGUGUGUGUGUGUAUCCUGCUGAUUUGCAUAUAAAAUAGGACGAAAUGUCUGCUCACCAAAAAUGUCAA